GACAUCUUUUCAGCGCCUACAGGCUCGUGUUGUACAAACAUGGGGGGGGGCUUCCUCCGGGCUUUCUGCAUGUUGUCCUGGCUGGAGGUCUCUCUCUCUCUCUCGCUUCCCCUUUUUUUUAAUAUCCGAGCCAGGCAGACAGAGCCGGAGACAAGACACCCCUCCCCUCCCCCCCUGCUUUGCCCGGGUACCGUGCUCCUCACAGCGGGCCUAGGAGGGAGAAACGACGGCUCGUGUGUACUUUCUAACCCGGGAAAUAUUGACGUGGCUCUAGGGCGUAACCAGCCCCUGAAGAGAGAGCGGCCUAAAUGGAAAAGUGACUACCCGAUGACUGAAGGCCAGCUGCGCAGCAAGAGAGAUGAGUUCUGGGAUACGGCGCCAGCAUUCGAGGGCCGGAAGGAGAUCUGGGAUGCGCUGCGGGCUGCGGCCAGCGCCUUUGAGAGCAAUGACCACCUGCUGGCUCAGGCCAUCCUGGACGGGGCCAGCAUCACACUGCCGCACGGAGCUCUGACUGAAUGUUACGAUGAACUGGGAAAUCGUUACCAGCUGCCGGUCUACUGCCUCUCUCCUCCCGUCAACAUGAUUGAGGAGCGCUCUGAAGAGCUUGACGGUUCAGAUCCAGACUCCGGGGCAGCAGACCCGUCCUCGGGCAGCGCCAGCGACCCCGCCUCAGGAGGGGAGUGCCAGCUUCGGCUGCGGCUCUCCACGGGUCGCGACCUCCGACUGGCGGUCCGUUCCACGGACACGGUGGGCAUGAUGAAGCGCCGCUUACAAAGUCACGAGGGCGUGCCUGCCGCGACCCAGCGCUGGUUUUUCUCAGGUCGGCCACUGACAGACAGGCUGCGCUUGGACCAACUCAACAUCUCCAGGGACUAUGUAGUGCAGGUCAUCCUCAGCCAGCCUCCGCCGCCAGAGCCGGUAUCGACCCCAGGACACACACCAGAGGCCUCUGGGCCGGUCACAGUGGAAGCAGUGGCUGCUCUGCCGCAAGAGCCCAUGCCGGUGGAGAAUUAGCUCCAGGCAGGCGGAGGCGGCGGUAUUAAAGGAGGAGGAUAACAAGGGAGAUAAAAGCAAGUUGAUUCUGACUUUUCUCUUUUGAUUUGCACUCUUUCUCUUCUCUCUUUGUUUUUGCUGAGAAGGGCUUUGAUUGGGCCGAGGUCGGCUGUCUGCCAGAGAUACAAGACUCUUGAAUUGAGCAAAGACUCGCCAUUUUGGUUUUACACGUUGAAAUUUUGACCUUUUUGAAGUCUUUUUAACUGUUCCUAUGGAAACCAAACAACAAAAAGAGAACUUUGUCAGAUGGCUCGAAGGGUUUUCUGAUGUUUCGAAUGUUUCAGUUUCCAUUCAAGUUCUGCUCUCUGGUGAGACUGGAUCAGCAGAAUUGUGUUCAUGAGGCUACAGGGUUCCACAUACGUUUCAUACACGUUUUAAACACAGACUGCAGAUAAGAGAGAACGUAACACAGAUAGUUUAACAAUCAUGACAGUUCUUCAGGCGAGUCUUAAUUAUUAGUGAAUCAGAUCAAGAACACUGCCUCAGUGAGCUCGCAGCUGCGGAGGAAGGCGAGUUCGCUGAUGUGUCCUCUCUCUGCCGCUGGAUUAGACGCUUUAUUUCACUCUGUUUCACUGAACAAUCAGAUCAAUCAUGUAAUAAACAUUAAGUAGUCAGCCUAUGUGUGUGUGUUUGUGUGUGUGUGUGUGUGUGUGUGCGUGUGGACUAUGAGUGUGUGGAUGCCUAUAUAUGUUUAAGACACAACCACACUUAUUCAUGUGGCAAAACGACGGGACAUCAGAAACACAGUUGCAUAUUUUGAUUAAAAAUAGAAUGUUUUUAAUUAAAAUGGAUCAUUGUUUCUAUCC